AUGCUGACAACAGCAGCGUCGUUCCCUGUCCGGAAUGGAAAAGGUUAUGGAGCGCAGCGGGAGUUCUAUCGUGACCGUAUCGGGUCCGUUCACGGCAUCGCCAGUCCCAACAUCCACGCCAGUGUCCGUGCUGCAGCUAUCGCAGCACGUCGAGUACGGCAGUUCCGUCAAAAGCAUGCUCCUACGCUCCAUACAGUUCUAGAUGUAGACAAUGAAACUCAGAUCCGAGAAGCCAGCCCCGUGCAGGAGCAAACCGGAAACCCAGUCAAACGCAAGAUGAAGCUGCAUUUAUCUCUCGAUAAACUAGAGAAACCCGAGCUACCUAUGAUGAUUCUGCACGAAGAACCUAUAACCUUUGAUGACCCUCCGUUAGUGGUCUCAAACGGAUCGGAUUUUGGGCAAGCGCAGCCUUCUGGUCGUUCUCGUCGCGCCUCGAGCAUCACACUCAGUAUGAAUUCUCCUGAAGCUGCGGAGUUUAACGAAGUGGCUCACGACGGACCUGAAGAAUUAGGGAAACGUACGAAACGCGUCAAGAAGCUGGGCAAAGGAGCAGGUGGCACGGUCUUCCUUUCCCUCUACUUACCAACGUUGAAGCUGGUCGCUGUAAAAGAAGUGGUGGUCUACCAGGAAGAAGACCGUCACAUGGUCAAACGCGAACUCCACACACUUCACGACAACCUCGCAGCUAUCGACGUUAAUGUCCCGAAGACGGGCCAUUCCGAUGCGCUGAAACACCACUUUCUCGCAGGAUUGCGUCCUCGCAGUGUGCUGUGUCCAUAUCUAGUCACGUUUUACGGGGCAUUUCUGAAACCAGCUAAAUGUGCCGUCUCGGUCGUCAUGGAAUUCAUGGAUAUGGGCAGUGUACAGGACCUUAUGGAUGCAAAUGUCACCGUAUCGGAAGAAGUUCUACGACACGCUGCGUUCUGCUGCAUCACAGCACUGGAUCACAUGCACUGUCAAAGAACGGUUCAUCGAGAUAUCAAACCCGCGAACAUCCUGAUGAAUCAUAACGGGGAAUUCAAGGUCGCUGACUUCGGUCUAGCAGGCACUUUGGCUAAAUCCAACUCGUUCUUCUCAGACUUCUCCGGAACGAUGAUGUACAUGGCUCCUGAGCGUAUAUCUGGCGCUCACUACACUUUUGUCAGCGAUGUCUGGUCUUUAGGCAUCACGCUGCUCUCUCUUGCAACUGGAGGCUACCCGUUCACUGUGGACGACGGGUUUUUCGGUCUAGAAGAGGCGAUUUGCCACGACUCGCUGCCUCCGAUGCCCAAUCGGUUCUCUCCAGUGUGUCGAGACUUCAUCAAGCGGAUGUUAAACCGUGAUUGUGAACGUCGAGUAACCUCCGAAGAAGCUCUUACUCAUCCGUUUAUCAGUGGAUACGCGAACACUGCUGCGUUCCGAAAUUUCCCGAAAACGUGGCAAAAUUUGGGGUUGAAGCGCGCAAUUGACGCUGAAGAUACUCGAGCAAUCGUCAAUCUAGCAGUCGAGUAUUCGUAUCGAUACCCGGACAUGGUGACACUUCCCCCGAAGGUCACAGGGCUCGAACCUGCGGCAGAAAUCCCGACUACGCAAGACAAAAACGCGUUUUUCCACCGCUUUGCGAAACAUUUGAACACAAAACCCGAAAUUUCGAAUUCAUUCGAGCGCCUUGCAGAGACCUGUAGUGUAUCUAUCGAGUAUCUUCAGGAAUUAUUUCACGAGGUACGUAAGUUUUCUAGGUUGAAAAUUUACAAUACAAACAUCUCACAAUUGUCGUGUAGGCUCUGA